GACCGUGUGUCACCACCCCGUUCCGCGAACCGUCACGCACCCAGACGAGCGGCGUACGGACGACUCAAACGAAACGUUGCCCGUAAACAAGACCAGUUGCACGCUACGUUCCGGAUGACGCGAGUCUUCCCAGUUAUCUAUUGCGGCUAACGGAAGCUUCCCUUGUCUGUCUCCUCGGACUCGGCGCUGAGCCAUACUCGAGCGCGCGCGUCAGCAAGCGGGUGUCCACUCCACACCGAAGCUAAGCGCGGUUAUCAGCUCAGUUUUGACAGCGUGAGGUCUGCGAAUCGCACGGGCCUUUCCUCCUUACUUAUUCUGCUUCUCGAGUGUCUUGAGAGAUAUAUACGCAGGGUCGCAGCCAGUCGCAAGAGCAUACAAGUGACAAACUGCGUACGUCUGCCUCGACGGCCGCGAUGGCUUCUCUAACGCAGCGUACUCCGUUCCUGGUGCUCGUUUUCGCCGCGGUAUGCGCGGUUUGCAACGGACAAAGCAGAUUGUACGCCCGGCUAGACAAAGUUGAAACGCUCAUCACCGAAGUUCGAGACCAGUUGCAGGUAGAGAACAAUCUACGGACCACGCAGACGGUGAGCUUUCAAAUGGCACUGGAUAAGUUACAGAAGCAGCUGGAAGACGUGUCUACCAAGAUUGGUCGUGCGGCAAGCAGUGGCGGCGGUGGCGGUGAAGGUUCUGUGGAGUUCAACAGCCGUCUGAGAAGCCUCGAGUCGGCCUUCAACAACCUCCAAGGUGACGUUGGUGGCAAGGUGGACACCAGCAUCGCCAAGUUGACAGAGGUCGAAACGAGAACGGCACGCAUGAAGGACGACAUGGACAGCAAGCUGAAGAAAGUCAUGAACGGCAUAAACACAAUUUACGACAUGAACAAGGAGCUCAAGAACACCAUGACCUCUGCUUCACGUGCCAUCACCGAGCCGGAGUCGUCUCGGAGGGAGGGCUCUCGCCACGCCGGAAGCUCGGCCGACACGUCGCUGUCUUUCCUCGUGGACACCAUCGACGACACGCAGAGGAAGAUGCACGAGCAGCUGGACGUUCUGAAGAACCAGAUGGGCAGGAAGCUGGAAGGGCUGGAAGUGCUCACCAACAGCCUCAUCGAACAGAACGACGCUUUGUUGAACGAGCUGGAGUCGCUCAAGGAACAGUGUCCGGGCAUGGUUGGCAAUGCACGCUCCUUGGACGCACCGCCUGCCUCUCCGCGGCCCCCGAGGAAGGGAACGGGAGGUCAGAACGGAACUGGAAGCUCCGAGGUCGCGAACAGGAUGCUGCUGGAGAUCAAGGUGAGCCAAAUGGAGAUGAAGAACGACUUCAGCAAGAUGAUGCGGGAAGUGGAGAACAGUCUCAGUGACAUCAAGGAGUGCCGCGUUCCCGGAGGCCACACUCCAGGGAAAACAUUUGAACCCAGGUCUCCCAAAGGGAUCGGUGACGGUGAUGGCUUGACGGCCGCGGAAAGCAUCACGACGUCGCGCAGAGCUCCGGUUCCCAGCGUCCAAUCCGUGGGUGAAAAAUGUGUCACGGCGUCACAUGUGAUGAGCCCUCGAAACUGCGCGGACCUACGCACUGGUGGCGCGACGUGCGAUGGCGUCUACAUCGUGUACACGCAGGGCGUCAGAGCCGUCCGGGUCUACUGCGACAUGACUACCGACGGCGGAGGAUGGACGGUGCUGAUGCGUCGGGGCAACUUCACCCAAUGGCCACUGACCUUCGAGACGGACUGGAACAGUUACAAGCACGGCUUCGGCGACAUCGAGCGCGAGUUCUGGCUGGGAAACGACCUGAUGCACAUGCUGUCCACCGAGCACGACAUGAUGCUGAGGGUCACGCUGGAAUCGUUCGAGGGCGAGACCAUCGACCUGGACUACGAGGCGUUCGUGGUCGGAUCGGAGAACGACCACUACCGGCUCCGCAUCGGCUCGUACGUCGGGACGCACCCGCGCGUCGGAAACUCGCUGCGCCGCCACAGCGAGCAGCUCUUCAGCACUCACGAUCGUGACGCCGCCCGUCGCGUCAACAACUGCGCGCGCACGCACAAGACCGGCUGGUGGUUCCACAGCUGCUACAGCGUGCUGCUCACGGGCGAGUACGCGAGCGAGCGCCACGCGCCCACCACCAAGGGCAUCCGCUGGCCCGCCUGGAAGACGGUGCCCCUCAAGGCGGUCGAGAUGAAGAUCCGCCCUAAGAACUUCAUCCCGCAGUGAAUGACGCUUGGUGUUCGCAUCAAUAAGAACGUGACGCGAACAGUGCAUACUUACACGGUCGCCUAGGAGUGUGUUCUAUAGGGGCAGCUUUCGAAGAACAUCCGCCGCGGAGGUCUAUGAUUAUGAUGCUCAAUUGCUGAACCGAAGGUCGCGGGAUCAAACCCCGGCCGCGGCGGCCGCAUCUCGAUGGACGCAAAAGGCUAGAGGCCCGUGUGCUUAGAUUUGGGUGCACGUUAAGAACUCCGCACGGCCAAAAUUUUCGGGGCCCUCCACCACGGCGUCUCUCAUAAUCAUAUCGUGGUUUUCGGGGUGUAAAACUCCAACAGUUAUUGUUAGUUCGAAUAAUAUUUCUGUGAGAACUGCAUUAGGUGUUCGGCGCAUAUUACAUAGUGGAAAUGGAAAACUUCGCUGAAUCCAAAUAAUGUGAGAUUGUAGUAGAACAUAAAAUCUUGAGCAAGACGACCGCGAUCAGGCGAGUGCCCACGUGUCUGUGUCCUACUCAUAGAUUGAGCUCACGUAUACGCCCUUAGAUGACGCGUUGUCCGCCCAGUCUCGUGAAAAGCUUAUAAGAUAGAUGUUUUUAAAGCACGUUUCGGGCUUUUCCACUUCAUUGUUAAAAAAUGCAGCAUGACGCUUUUGUUUUUCCUGUUUUUUUUUUUUCAAUGCGAUUGAAGAAGUACACAACCUAGAGCGUACCGGCAAUGUCACCAGAUUAAUCAGGAAACCUUCUGGGCUAACAGACCGGCGUAUUCCAGCGCUCAGCUUUGAAUUCCGGAGUCGUUUUGGGGUCCAGAAACGUCUGGAAAGAACGGGUAGCGGCAGUUUGUGCUAACCACUGCAAUAGCUGAGGAAGCGAUUACAAGCAUUUUUUUGCGGAUUUUUUGUGAGAAAGAAUAUGAUUUUAUUUUCAUAUUAUGUUGCAUUUAUUUCUGUGAUUUUUUAUGAUUAUGUAUUUGCUUUUACAAACAUGUAUUCGUUCACGGGACGAGGGAUACGUAUCUGAAAAAUUACCGCGCCCCUUGAUAACCUUUACAUGGAGAUGCGGUGCAUAAAAAUUAAAAGUGACUCUCAAAUCUUUUUCUAUGAUGGAGUGGUGUGUAAAUAAGCAAGAAAAAGUGCGAAAUAAAUAUAUAGUAAAACUAGUC